UUUUCUUUUUUUCUUUGACCUUUGACUAAUCUUUGCCCUUUUUCUUUUUCGGCGUUAAUUAAGUACCCGUUAAGGACUUUAUGCGUUGUUGGUUUGGUCAGAUGGAAAGGUCAUGUUCAGUUCGAAGGAGCGGCUGAGAAAGCGUACGGGCGAGUUCGGCGUCGGCCGGUGCGACUACCUCGAGCAGUUGGCACGCGAAUUUCAACAGAGCGACUCUCGAGAGGCCAAGAGACAGGUUUUGGCCAAUUUGGCAAAUUUUGCCUACGACCCCAUCAACUACCACUUCCUCCGCCUCCACCGCGUCAUUGACCUAUUCCUCGACACACUCUCUGAAGACGACGAACCUCUCUGUGAAUUUGCCGUAGGAGGAAUCUGCAACCUCUGCGUUGAUCCUGUUAAUCAGGAGUACAUCCUGCAGCACGACGGAAUCAAAAGAUUGGAGCCUCUGUUGAAAUCGCAAAACCAGGAAAUAGUUUGCAAUACCAUCACCACCCUGAUUUACCUGAAGACACCCUCUUCAUUGAUUGAUCUGCAGUCCCUGCAAAUAAUGGCUCUGCUCAGGUUUAGACCAAUCCCGGCAUUCCGUAGUUUUUGCUCAGCAGUGCAGAUUGGACAAAAGGGGUUGUUGACCCGCGAGGUCACGCAGGCGGACGUGGAAAUAUUCUCCGAGGUGAGCGGCGACCUGAACCCAGUGCACCGAGAGGGGGGCGUAGUCCACGGGGCCUUCCUCAACUCACUAGUGUCGUGUGUGAUGGGCACGCAGGUGCCUGGGCCGGGGUGCAUGGUGCACAGCCAGAGUCUGCGCUACCCCAACCCCUGUCCGGUGGGCCACAUUGUUGAGGUCUCUGUUGUGGUGACUGGUGCCAAAAUGGACCUCGUCAAGUGCCGCUACUCCGUCAUGGCCCGACCAAAGGACGCGCCGCUCUCUGAGACGGUGCUCGUCCUCUCUGGAGAGGCCAACCUUAUUAUGGCCCAAGACCAGCAAAAAAGGGUCAAAAGAAAGAAAAGAAAGACUCCUCACCUGACUGAAUUGUAGUUAAAAAGUCUGUCAUCACUUAUGUUCAUGAUAAAGUUGUAAAACUUGUAAAUAAAGAAAAUGUCGU